UUUCGUGUCCGCUCUUCUUUGUACGAUCGCCCCCCAUUUCUUUUGUACAACCCCCCUCCUCCCCUCUUUGUACAACCAUCCCUUACCCCCCUUCUUUGUACAACGCUCCUCUUCUCUGUACGACUGCCCCCUUCUUCAUUUGUACGACUGCCCCAGGUCACCUCAAACACGUCGAUCGUGUUUCAAUGACUGGGAAUCGAAUACGGCGCAUGUAUGUACUUUUGGCCGCGUUUGUACUAAUUCGCGUGUCCAUGAAUCAGAAGAAAGGUUGUGGAUCAUCCUUAACUUCACGUUUGUGAUUGUGAUUUCGGUUGGGGUUGUGAUUAAUCAUUUUGGGGGAUUUGGGAUGAGCUUCAGGGACAGCAAAAUAAUGGGUCACGUGGCUAACGUGUCUCAUGAGAAUGACUACCACAAGUGCUAAACUCCUAAAGCUCGCGCUUCCCCUCAUUGAAACCCAUGGGUUCACUCGAGAAGCGCUGUCCCUGUCGGUGCUGUCCUUACCGAGUCCGACGCCACUAGCGCACCCCCUGCCAGACGCGAGCGUGACUGCACUGUUUGGCCCAGGAGAUGAUGCGCGGAGGACGUUGGUGCAUGCGUGGCUUGAUGAUGCGAGGUGUAGAAUGAAGGAAGAUUCAGACUCAGAGGCGGUUUUGAAGGUGGGAGAUGUGUUGAAGGCGCGGUUGAGGAGCAAUGAACCGGUGUUGAAGUAUCUUCCGGAGGCAUUCGCUCUGCUUGCCACCUCUUCACCUCUACUUCCAGCAGACCCCAUCCCAAUAAUCAAACACGCCGCUCAGGUGUCUAACCAGGCAUGUUGGAUCGCUCAUAGCGAUGCACGGGAGUCAUCCUGGUACACUCGCCGAGCAUCCAUCUCCGCCAUCUACCUCGCCGCCGAGCUCCAUCAACUCACCUCCCCACGCACAGCAUCAGCAUUCUUAGAUUCGCUCCUCGAAAACGCAGAGCACGCAGAAAAAGCUCUGGAUGAGACGACUCUAUUUACGAGUUAUGUGUGGAAAAGUUGGAGAGGGAUCGUGAAGAGUUCUGGGGUGCUGUUGUAGCUGGCUUCUUGAGGCGGUGAGAUAUCGACGCGCAUGUUCCGUUCUUAAGUUAUCCGCAUCUCAAAAAGCGCAAGUUGAUAACGAUGUAGAUCGACAGAUUGACUUUGAAAUGCAACGAUGUGCCAUAAGAUUGUAGGCAAGCACACCGCAGGCUAUUACACAAGCCACCGCCACCCAUCCUAGGGCACCAAUGACUCAACUGCAUGAUGGAUUUAGUGUGGUGCGUUUUGCAUC